AUGUGCCCUGAUGUAGAGAAUGUGAACUUAAAGCAGAUAUUUCUUCACCAGGGACCUGAAGGAAAACCGGGUCUGCCAGGAAACCGCGGCCGUCAGGGAAAAAAGGGUGAGAAAGGCUCGUCGGGUCACCUUGGAGAAACGGGCUCAUCGGGUGAGGCGGGACAGACGGGGGAGCGAGGUCUAAAAGGUGCUCGUGGAACCAGAGGACCUGCAGGUCAACCUGGAGUUAUGGGACCUCAGGGAGAACCGGGACUGAAAGGUUACGCAGGUCAUGCUGGCAAGCCCGGUCCUGCGGGACCCCCGGGACCAAAGGGAGAAAAGGGUUAUCCCGGUGAAGACAGUAAGACUGCCGGACCUCCUGGGCCCUUAGGUGAACCAGGAGCUCCAGGAGAGAAAGGUGAACGUGGGGAACCAGGAGACACUGGAUAUCAGGGUCACGCAGGGGUCACAGGGGUUCGAGGAGCGCUCGGUCAGCAGGGAUCUCCUGGAUCUCCAGGGCUACCUGGUCAGGAAGGAUCCAAGGGCGAGAAAGGAAUUCAGGGGCUCGCUGGUAAGAAAGGAUCCCGAGGUCCUCCUGGAGCGCCAGGUCUGGAGGGUCGUGUGGGUUUGCCGGGACUGAGAGGGACGCCGGGGUACCCAGGAUCUGACGGGCUAACUGGUCUUCCGGGGUUACCGGGUGUCCCUGGAUCAAAGGGGCGUACGGGUCAGCGUGGUGAUACGGGUCCAGAGGGGAGGGCGGGGCUUCCUGGUCCUCGGGGUGAGCUUGGACUUCCCGGUGUCGUGGGAGAGAGAGGGCCAGCGGGGUUAAAGGGCGAGAGGGGUUUACCCGGUGACAGAGGUGGAGCGGGCAUCAGAGGGAUGGAGGGGGCGACGGGUGACCAGGGCAUGACAGGAGAGCCAGGAGCCAAAGGACAGCCAGGCGAGGUGGGUGACGCCGGCGUGGUGGGACUCCAGGGAUUCCCAGGACCCAAGGGUCCAGGUGGAGAUGUGGGUCUGGCUGGUGUUCAUGGACCCAAAGGGCCCGCUGGUGUUCCUGGUUUCUCAGGUCCCGUAGGUCCGUCAGGAAUGAUCGGUCCGGUCGGAAAGCCUGGUCCCAGAGGCCUUAAAGGAAGCCGGGGUGAGAUGGGACCUCAGGGGCCACAGGGCAGUCCGGGACCGCAGGGACCUCCAGGUUUAGCCGGUCCAUCGAGACGCAUCAAUGUGAACACUGCCUUUCAGGGUCUGAUGGAGUCUGAUGCUUUCCCGCACCUGGAGAGUUAUCAGAACACAGAUGCAUCUCCUCUCCAGCAGAAUGCUGAGAUCUUCAGAACCCUGCGGUAUCUGAACGGCAUCGUUACCAGCAUGAAAACUCCAGCGGGCACACGAGAAAACCCUGUGCGCAUCUGCAAAGACCUACUGGACUGCCGGAGCAAGAUGAGUGACGGAAUGUUCUGGGUAGAUCCAAACCUGGGCUGCACAUCGGAUGCCAUCCAGGUGUUCUGCAACUUCACAGCAGGUGGACAGACCUGCCUGCACCCUCUUACUACAGACAAGACCAAGUUUGAUGUUGGAAAAGUCCAGAUGAAGUUCCUGCACCUGUUGAGCGUCAACGCCACUCAGACCAUCUCCCUUCACUGCUACAACCACCCGGCAACUGUCGUCACGGAGACACCUCCUCCUCUGCGCUUCCAGGGCUGGAACGGUCAUGUGUUUGAGGAACACUCAUCUCCGAGACCUCCCGGGCUUCUGGAUACUUGUGAGGUCCGUGAUGGUAGAUGGCAUCAGUCCCGCUUCAUGUUUCAGACCCAGGACACGUACCAGCUUCCCAUCGUGAGCGUGCGAGGUCUGGAUCCCUCUCAACCAUCAGACCAGCGGCGGCAGCUGGAGAUCGGCCCCGUUUGCUUUCUGUGAAAUCACAGAAGGACCCGUGUUUCAAAUGUUAUGUCAGACCAUUGGUGAACUGGACGACUGCGGGGUGUUCUCUCACGGGUCCUGUGGAGUCUCACAGGAAGAACAAACGCUGUUAGGAAUGUCUUUCAGAGAUGGACAAGUUCUUCCGGAGCCCGAGACAUGUUUUGAGAGACGUGUGUUAUUCAUUCAGUUGUGCGUGGGGGUUCAGAGGAAAAUCUAGGGGGCCUUUCACACACAAACGAUCCUUAACGUGCAAUACCUUGUGUAUUGAGUGUUAGAUCUCACGAUAUCGAUGCUUACAGUGUCAAACAAGGUUUUUCUGUUGAAAAGCCGAAUCUGUACUUGUACCUCUUGUUUCAGAUGGCGCUCUACCUCCUUCAUGUGCAGGUGCAUGUGUUCGGGCGUGUUGAGACCCGAAACAUACUCGGUGUAACACACAAUCUUCAUUACCCGCGUGCGUCCUCGCGUUCUGCAAGCGCAGUCCAUAACGCAAUGAAAGCAAACCCAGCACGAAAUGCCGUCAGUUUUGGGUCUCGGGUCAACUACUGUCAACAGUUUGAAGAAAAUCUUGCUGAGCGAGUCAGUUUAAAUGUGUGCAUACAUCUACCACGUGCGGUUUUAAUGACACAUACAUGUGAAGGUCACCCGUGUACCGAGGUCAAUCCUUGAAAUCUGUGCGUUGACAUCUACAGUAUGUUGCAGGCCUUGAGGUGUAUGUUUGUGCUCGCUUCAUAAGUACUUUUGCGUUUGCUCAGAACAAACCUAAUUUAUAUGAACAGUGUUUUAUAAGUUAUGUUAUACGUCGGCUUAAUAUACUUCAAUAUGCUCGCGACCCUGGAAGAUGCAUCGCGAGGAUCUCACGUAAAACCCAAUUAAAUUAUAGCACAUAGACAACUGGCAGGAAUUUCAGUUCGUCACCAAUUGUCACAGUUGAAACAAAUUGACAUUUCAGUGUGUGCGUGUGUAUUUAGAUACAUGCAACUGACAUGCUUGUAAAACAACACACUCUUGUGCGUUCUGGAGGGGUCAGGCGACUUCUCCAUGGUGCUGCAGACAGUAUUCUGCAAUCAUUUUAUUUUCUUCUCGUGUAUAUUUUGACAUUUAUAUUGGUUAUUUAUAUUAACUUUUCAAAAAUACUGUACUCCAAUAAAUUAUGAUAUCUAUCUGGUCACUUAUCAUUUAUUUCACAUUUUUAUUUAUGCCAAAUUGUAUUUGUAUAUAAACACGAAUAGUUGAUUUUGUGUUGUGUUGUCUUCUGGCAGCUGUGAUUGGCCAGAUUCAGAUCAUGUGAUCACACAGAGGAAGUAACGCUUGUUAACUUAUGAUUACAGGAAAGAAACUGUCAAUAAAAGUGCCUACAAACAAAACACAAGACAAAAAAUAUAAAUAUGAAAUAUUUUAACAUUAAAUAAAAGGUGUUUUAAUCCCCAUGUCCUUAUUAUUUAUUUGUUUCAUAGUCGCUGCCUACAUCCU